UUUCGUGGAAAGUUGCACGAUAACAUGCAUUCCGUUCUGUGCGUUCUCGUCUUCAGCAUGCUGUCGGCGGGUGAUUGCCGUGCGUUCGCGUACGAUCAUUCGUUUGUGCAGCUAAUCGACGACGCCGUCGGUCUGCUCUUUCCGCCGGUAAAAGUGUCGGCGUAUUUGUGCCACCUCGACGAAGAUACCGCGAUCACCUUGUCUAGGCUGAUGUCGAGUCACGGGCUAAUUCACGAGAUUCAUCGGGAUCUGGAGGAAUUCGCGAGGGUGCCGCACGACGCUUGGGAUCAUCGAGCGUUGUACGUGCUGGAUUUGGACUGCGACCAGGCGAUUUCGUUGUUGCGAACGGUAUCGUCCAGCUUAAUUAGCAAACAACGAACACGCGGCUCUCUUUAAGCCUCGAGGCUUUAAGAAAGAGAACGGUAGUCGA